AUGAAGGAAGUUCCUGAAUGCGCAAACCUCAAUGAAAAAUUACAUAACAAACGAGAUGUUAUACCUUUGGAUAUAAUUGAAGCAACACAAAAGCGUUCAAGUAAUUCUAUGUUAUCCGAUGAUCCUAAGAAAAUACGCCUACAGCAAGUACACUCUAAUUCACUGAGGGCCAUCACACCAAUAGACAAUAUCAACAAGUCAAUUAUAACGGUAUUUGAUCAUGAAGUUACUAUCAGUUCUUUAGAUGACGAUGCACAAAAGUCAGCAGUAAAUAAAUUGCUGGAAGAAGCGCUAGCACACUUGACAACAAUUGAUGUUAAAGAGUCAACUGAACUUGUUUUACAAACACCUAAGAAAACUCUAAGAAAGAAGAAACGCCCAGCACCGCCAAUACCGAUUUCAAAUAAAGUACUCAAUUCAAGUGAAUGCUCAUCACAAUUGCAAGAACCAUGUGACGAACCAAAACAGAAUAUUCUAAAUCCGAUUGAAGACUUCAAAUUUGCAGUGCCAAUCAAACCACCACCACGAAAAAAGAGAAUGAGUCGUGCUGCCCCAUCAACAGAUGUAUCAGAUGAAGCACGUAGUUCUAGUGAGUGCGCAGCACAAUCACAAGACACGAGUGACGAACCAAAACAGAUUAUAUCAAAUCCGUCUGAAGAUUUCAAAUACGCUGUUCCAAUCAAACCACCACCACGCAAGAAGAGACUGAAUCGUGCUGCUCCUUCAACAGAUGUAUCAGAUGAAGCACGUAGUUCUAGUGAGUGCGCAGCACAAUCACAAGACACGAGUGACGAACCAAAACAGAUUAUAUCAAAUCCGUCUGAAGAUUUCAAAUACGCUGUUCCAAUCAAACCACCACCACGCAAGAAGAGACUGAAUCGUGCUGCUCCUUCAACAGAUGUAUCAGAUGAAGCACGUAGUUCUAGUGAAUGCGCAUCACAAUCACAAGCAACAAAUGACGAGGCAGAGCACCCCAAUAAAAAUAUUCCAAAUUCAUCUGAGGACUUCAAAUUUGCUAUUCCGAUUAAACCAGCACCACGAAAGAAGAAAAUGAAUCGUAUUUUAACCUCGGGGAAAGAAAACUUGAAUAUUGAAUAUUACAAAAGAGGAAAGGCAUUCAAAAGUAGGCCGGACCGAAAGAUAUAUAAUAUCAACAAAGAAAACUUGGCGCAAUAUCACGCUAGUUCACCAAACGAAACCAAUAUAAUUGAAUCACGCAGUAGUCCAACACCAAUAUCAACAAAAUCACGCCGACGUUUCUUUUAUGACAAUGACUCACGGCGCAGCUCAGUAUACAAGCAAGUCAUACAAGAGCAUCAUCCAUUAGACAACGCCAAAGAGAUACCAUCUAAGCAAGAUAACUUUAGUGGACGCCCCAGUGCAAACUCCUUCGCCAACAUACCAUCGAAUAACCUAUAUACUAAGUCUAGAUUUUGGAUAACGGUAGAUGAUCUCAAAGUUUCCUAUGACAUAUGUUAUAAGCCAGCUGCUGACCUACGUUGUGCAUUUAAUAGCUUCACACAGAAAAUGCGCUAUCCUACAGAAUUUGGUAUCGAUGAACAUAAGUUUUCAAUUCUGGAUUCACCCACAAAACAAGAACGCUUGCCAAAAAUUAAUAAAAUCUAUGGACACAGUAGUUAUUGGUUUUCUUGUGGAGAUCUUAUUAUAAUGUUCACUGGCAAACAAAGAUCAACUGAUGAAGUAGCGCACUUAUUUACAUUUCUAAGGAAAUCUUAUACAAAUACAUCGUCAAUACGAUUUGGUGUAGAUGAUAUCGAGUUCUCCGUAUCACAAUACUAUCGACCAAGUGGACUAAGAUUCUCUGUGGAUUAUGAUAUGUUAGUGGGUCUACAAGCAGGCAACAGCAACGGACUAGAAGGACGCAGUAAGUUUGCAUGGCCAAAUUGCAGAAGAUCUUCUACAAAUUUAAAGAAUCCAAGAAUAAGUGAUCUUUACCGCCCAGAAUUCGAAUCGGAGAAGUUUGGAAAUAGCAAUAUGCCAACAUUAUCUUUCGGGAACCGACUUUCUAUGAACUUUCUACGUUACAGUGAUGCUAGCAUGUUCAGUCCAGAUAUGUUUAGCUUAAAAAGCGAGCCAUUGGAUCAAAUAUUCAAUGAUGUUAAAAACCUAACUUUCCUCGAAAAUAUUGUUAAGGAAAAUAAUAAUGUUUAA